ACAACGUGCUGUUUAAAGAUCAUCAUCUGCUGAACGCGCAUUUGUGUUGUCUGGUCCGUCCAUCCACAGAUCGAUAUACCCGCCUUUUCGACCAUAUUUCAUCCCCCAAUUGACCGAACCUCGAACUGCACCUCGUAUAGCACCAUUUCAGGCGCUAACCAAUUCAUGAAGCUGUACUCUAUUUUCUUGCUAUUCGGCUCACUAUGUAUCGCGUUUGGUCAACAGGAUGAAUGGGAACGCGAGCGAGAUGUUGAAGAUGCCUGUGCGAACGUGAAGUGUAGGCAAGGGGAGUGGUGCAACCAGGGACGCUGCGAAUGCUUGGACACUUGUGCGUCUGAUUGGAACAACUUUGACCGAAAAUUAUGUGUGGAUGGCAACACCUACAGACACGAAUGUGACCUUUGGCGUAAUCAGUGCUAUUGUCGAACAGGCGAUUCUCGGUGCGGUGGAGAAACGUUUAACAAUCAUCGUGCCAACGACGACGCUGUGAUCAAAUAUUUCGAUGAAUGUCGAGAUCUAACGGAGAUGUGCGACUGGGAACAACAAGAAGAUAGUUUCCCCAUCAGACUUGGUAUUUGGUUUCAGGAGCUUUUGAGACAAAAGUGGUCUUCCGGAAGCGAUCAUCCGGAUGAUGAGAGUCUUCUUCGUCCAAUGGACAGUAAGGCACGCGCAGCCACAAGCAAACUCAUGUCACCCAGCACAAUGGAUCGAGCGGAGAGUGGCGUGAUCAGCUACUGGUUCUGUGAAUUGGAUCGACGAAAUAAAGGGAGCCUGGAUGAAAGAGACUUGAGUCUGUUGUACCAAGUUCUACUCCCCUCCAAUGCGUGUUUAGAAACAUUCAUGAACCGUUGUGCAAGCUCUGGAUCGAUCUCCUUCGACCAGUGGCAUAACUGCUUUGAUGUUCCGCGAGAGGAACGAAUCGAAUGCAGCCGAUUCAAGUGAAAGGGCAAACGUGAGGACAUCCUAACUUCAUGUCAGUCCAACAGUAUAGCAAUACCAUUGAUUCACUCACAUUCUGUACUCCCUUCAUUACACAAAUAACCCAUUCUGAAAACAUUCAGCA